AACGACAUUUUUUUCUAGUAAAUUACAAACUGUCUUGUUAACUGUAUAUGAGAUAAAGUUUAAACUUAAAAGACGGACGAAACAUGUAAAACUAAAAGUAAUGUUAUAUGUGAUGUCUUGUUAUUAUUUAAUUUAAGAUCUCAAUAUGAGACGACUUUCCCUAUUUAAACUUUGUACUUUGUUGUUUUUAUUGUUUACGUUGUUUUAUUUUUAUUCCUCAAGUAAUAUUACAAAUGGUAGCAAAUUAAACUCUACACAGCAUAAGAAUGUAAAUAACGAUCUAAAGUCUAGUGCUGUCAAGAAUAAGACAAAUAUUGAUAGAAUAGUGAUAUCUUUUGUCGUUUGUGACUCAAGAUUCAAUGAGUCCUUAAAUGUUAUUAAGUCAGUUUUAAUUUUCACGAAAACACCAACACAUUUCGUUAUAUUCUCUGAUGACAAAUUGGAACACAAAUUUAAUGAGACACUGACCAAAUGGAAGGCUAUCUUAAGGGAUCAAUUUGACUUUGAACUACAGAAAAUAAAAUUUCCCAAAGCGCAUGAGGAGGAUUGGAUGAAUCUAUUCAGCAAAUGUGCUGCCCAGAGAUUAUUUAUACCUAACUUAAUAACUCAUAUAGACUCCAUGAUGUAUGUGGAUACGGACACACUUUUCCUGGGUCCAGCCGAUCGGCUUUGGGAGGUGUUCUACAAAAUGAACAGAACCCAAAUAUCAGCCAUGGCCCUUGAAGAUGACAACCCCAAUAUAUCCUGGUAUCCUCGGUUCGCUAAACAUCCGUUUUAUGGAAAAUAUGGACUCAAUUCAGGCGUUAUGCUCAUGAACCUGACGAGGAUGAGGGAUUUUGGUUGGGUAGAUUAUGUCACCCCCAUCAUGCUGAAAUGGAAAUUGUAUAUACCUUGGGGUGAUCAGGAUAUCAUCAACAUAAUUUUCCACUACCACGAGAAUGCUGUAUACGUGAUGACUUGUAAUUACAACUACAGGUCGGACCAGUGUGUGUAUGGAGAUGCCUGUGAGCCGGCGUCCCAUGGCGUGCUCGUGGUGCACGGGAGUCGUGGCGUAUUCCAUAAUAACAAACAGCCAGCCUUUCAGGCUGUAUACAGAGCUAUCAAUGAAUAUGAGAUUGGUUCGGAUCGAAUGACAGUGUUGACGAAUUUGGAUAAAUAUCUGAAUGAGGCACCGCCUUCAAACUGCGGCAACAUGAAGGAUUCGUUACUGAAGUUGCCCAUAGACACCCUCACUAAUAAAUAUGUCAAACCGGACAGAUAAUAAAUAAUAUAUAUUUAGAUGUACUCAAUAUAAUUAUCUGUUUAUUUUUUCUAUAUUCUAUAUGUUAUGUUAAAGUAUUUUUUUUUUUUUAUUUUAAUCUCAAACACACACAUGACAAACAACAAACGGACAAAGAAAGCAAUAGUCAUACACCGACCUACCAAAUAUUAGUUUAUUAGUAUUUCUGUGUAAAGCAGAAUAUAUAUAACGUAAUGGGGGAUGUUUAUUUCAUGCUAUUUUCAGUAUUUUAUCUUAUGUCUUAAGUAUUAAUUUUAAAAUGAUAAUGUUUUAGUUGCAGAGAGAUAUUGAUAUCCAUAUCAAAUAAGGUUUUUUGGAUCUUUGCUACUUUUAAAGUAGGAAUUAAAGGAGAGAUGGUUUUGUCAUGGAAUUUGAAUUGAAUUUUUUUUUAAUUAAUAAAAAAUAAUUUAUCUAGAACCCGACAUUCGAUCAAAACUUAUUAUUCAGUUACAGUUUAUUAUAUUAUUUUUGUGAAUUAAAUUUACUUCUAUAUUAAGGUUCGAAAACAAAAACAAAGUUGACAGCUAAAGUUCACCACAUAGAAUAUUAUAGAGCAAUCUCAUAAUGGGUAUGUUUUAGUGGUAAUUAAUUAAUAUAUGUAGUCUAAUCUAACAUAGAUAUAUCAGAAUAAUAUUCAGUUUAAUUUUAAACCCUAACUAAACUAAAGGAAAGGGUUUUUAAGAAAUUGAAAGAAUUUUCUUGGUACAUAUUUGUUUUUGAAAAAAAAAAAAACAUUAAUUUUUUUUUUUUUAAUCAUUCAUAAUCUCAAUAGCCUGUCAGAUUCACAUAUUUAGUCGACUACAGAAUAUUAAUACUGAAUAUAUAUACUUUGUUUGGCAAAUUAAAAACAUAUUUUUUUCUGCAUCCAACUAAGUUUACAAUAUUGUUAAGAUGAAAAAAAAAAUGUUUGAAAGAGAUUUUUUUUUUAUAAAUAACUCGAAAACAUUUAUGUAUCCACAUUAAAUUAUCAUAAGUAUUAAUUUUUUUGUAACUUCUGCGUAGGCUAUUUUUAUAUAGUGUUGUAAAAGUUUUUUACAUUAAUGGUCUUAGUCUGGGUUAUAACCCAAACUUGAUGAGUUACCGACAAAAAAUUCCAAGAAUUUGUUAAAUGAUGUAGUGUUUUUUUUUUACAAUUUUUAUUUCAUGCUGUCCAUGUUUUAUAAAUAUAAGCAAUUAUACGUAUGUAACGUACAAAAAAAAAAUUAAGAUUUUUCCUUAAAUUUUCGAACAAUGAUAAUAUAUAUACAAUUUUAAUUUUUAGCCCGAGAUAAGUUAUUUAGUUUUAAAAAAAUAUAAUCUGCCUCAUUUAAUGUACUCAUAGUAUUUUUUAGUUCAAUAAAUACUUUUUGUAAUAUU